AUGUCUUCCUUGACAGGCCAAGAAUCUUCCAACACUCAACCUCGAAACCCAGUCAACUCUGGUGAAGACACUGCCGGAACUUUCAAAGGUGAUUCAAGCGUUCCAUUCAAGACGGGUGGGUCAACAGACCCUGCUGGCUUGAGCGUUUCAGCGGAUAAGUCUGCACCAGGCCAGCAAAACGCCUCAGGCACUUCGGAGCAACGCCGCGGAGAAGACGUGACGCAGAACACUAAGCAAGAGUACGAGGGGAGCAGCAGUGUGGGACAAAAGACAGGAAGCGAAAGUUUGAUUGAUAGUAUAGAGAAGAGCGUACACGAGGGCGAUGAGGCAGAUCGAAGUGGAGUAGAUGUCGGGCAAGUCAGUACUGGACGAUAG